GUUCUGGAUAUGCCGUAUGUCGUGUUUCGUCAUAUUAAUUACGAUAUUCGCUCCUAGUUUGUGGUGCUGUGGAUGGAAUGCGUUCGGCAAUGAGGUUUCAGAGCAGAGAGAUUACUUUUAUCUGCGGCUUCGGCGCACAUGGGAAAUCUACUGUUAUACUUUAUGCAGUAAGGACAGUACUAGUAAAACAGCAGAGACGAGUUAAGAUCGUUCACAAGGACUUGAAUUCACAUGAAUAUAAAAUUCUUGAUUUUUGUUUCAGGGUUACAAUGCGAUGAUCGAUUUGCCUUUGUGACUGUUUAGUGCAGCGAGUGCUGGAAAAAUCUGCGUCUGACUCAGACUACGGAGUGACAUGAGAUCUGCUCUGGGACUGAGUCCAGCAUCUGCCUGCUGAUGUUGGAAAAUAUAGACCCAGCAAUAGGGGGUUUAAACAACCACGUAGAACGUAGACAACAACCACAAUAAUAAUAAAAAACAUAAUAAAUUAUAAAAAGGAGAUUUAGACCUGCUAACAGUCACUAAAAAUAUUGACAUGCCAGCGACAGAAGGGGAUUCCAAGGGGGAGGAUUACUCCACUGCCAUCCUGAAACAGAAGCAUCGCCCCAACCGGCUAAUCGUCGAUGAAGCCCUAAAUGAAGACAACAGCAUUGUCUGCCUGUCACAGAGUAAGAUGGAGGAGCUCCAGCUGUUCCGUGGUGACACAGUCCUUCUGAAGGGAAAGAAACGCAGACAUACAGUGUGUAUCGUUCUGACAGAUGACACCUGUGCUGAGGAAAGGGUGCGCAUGAACCGCGUCACCAGGAACAAUCUGCGGGUGCGGCUAGGUGACAUAAUCAGUAUACAGGCCUGUCCUGAUGUAAAAUAUGGAAAAAGGAUUCAUGUGUUGCCCAUUGAUGAGACCAUAGAGGGACUUUCAGGGAAUCUUUUUGAGGUGUUCCUGAAGCCUUAUUUUCUAGAGGCAUACCGGCCCGUUCACAAAGGAGACAUUUUUCUGGUCCGAGGGGGAAUGCGUGCAGUGGAGUUCAAAGUUGUGGAGACUGAUCCUACCCCUCACUGCAUUGUGGCCCCAGACACCAUCAUUCACUGUGAGGGAGAGCCCAUCAAGCGAGAGGAUGAGGAGGAGAGCCUGAAUGAUAUUGGCUAUGACGAUAUUGGUGGGUGCAGGAAGCAGCUUGCCCAGAUUAAAGAGAUGGUGGAGCUGCCUCUGCGACACCCAGCCCUCUUCAAAGCCAUUGGUGUGAAGCCCCCCCGUGGGAUAUUGCUCUAUGGUCCACCUGGGACAGGUAAAACUCUUGUGGCUCGGGCUGUAGCCAAUGAAACAGGAGCAUUCUUCUUUCUGAUCAAUGGCCCAGAAAUCAUGAGCAAGCUGGCAGGAGAGUCAGAAAGCAACCUCAGAAAGGCAUUUGAGGAAGCAGAGAAGAAUGCCCCAGCUAUCAUUUUCAUCGAUGAGCUGGAUGCAAUUGCACCAAAGAGGGAGAAGACCCAUGGGGAGGUGGAAAGGCGAAUCGUUUCUCAGCUUCUCACUCUAAUGGAUGGACUCAAGCAGCGUUCACAUGUUGUUGUCAUGGCAGCCACAAACAGGCCCAACAGUGUGGACCCAGCACUGCGCAGAUUUGGACGAUUUGACAGGGAAAUCGACAUCGGGAUCCCGGAUGCCACCGGGCGUCUAGAAAUCCUGCAGAUUCACACCAAGAAUAUGAAGCUGUCUGACGAUGUAGAUUUGGAGAGGAUUGCCACUGAGACUCAUGGGCAUGUGGGCGCCGACGUAGCUGCACUCUGCUCUGAGGCUGCUCUGCAGGCCAUUCGUAAGAAAAUGAUUCUGAUUGACCUGGAAGAUGAGACAAUCGAUGCUGAUGUCCUUAACUCACUAGCUGUCACGAUGGAUGACUUCAGGUGGGCACUUGGCCAAAGUAACCCUUCUGCUCUGCGGGAGACAGUGGUGGAGGUGCCCCAGGUGAACUGGGAGGAUAUCGGAGGAUUGGAUGAAGUAAAAAGAGAGCUUCAGGAGUUGGUGCAGUACCCUGUGGAGUACCCGGACAAGUUCCUGAAGUUUGGGAUGACUCCAUCUCGUGGAGUUCUGUUCUAUGGGCCCCCAGGCUGUGGCAAGACCCUUCUAGCAAAGGCCAUUGCCAAUGAGUGCCAGGCCAAUUUUGUGUCCAUUAAGGGCCCUGAGCUGCUCACUAUGUGGUUUGGGGAGUCUGAGGCCAAUGUCCGCGAUGUGUUUGACAAGGCACGGCAGGCAGCUCCUUGUAUCUUGUUCUUCGAUGAGCUGGACUCCAUCGCCAAGGCCCGAGGAGGUGGUGUGGGGGAUGGGGGAGGCGCAGCAGACCGUGUUAUCAACCAGAUCUUGACCGAGAUGGAUGGAAUGACCAACAAGAAAAACGUUUUCAUCAUUGGGGCCACGAACAGGCCAGACAUCAUUGACCCAGCUAUCCUGAGGCCUGGAAGGCUGGACCAGCUAAUUUAUAUUCCCCUGCCUGAUGAGGGGUCCCGAGUAGCCAUCCUCAGAGCCAACCUGCGCAAGUCUCCUGUGGCCCGGGAUGUUGAUCUGAACUACUUGGCCAAGAUCACAGAGGGCUUCUCUGGAGCUGACCUCACAGAGAUCUGCCAGCGUGCCUGCAAACUGGCAAUUAGAGAAGCCAUAGAGGCAGAGAUACGCACUGAGCGUGAAAGGCAGAACCACCCAGAUGUGGCUAUGGAUGAGGACUCUGACCCUGUUCCUGAGAUCCGGCGUGAUCACUUUGAGGAGGCGAUGAAGUUUGCCCGCCGCUCCGUCAGCGACAAUGAUAUCCGGAAGUAUGAGAUGUUCGCACAGACUCUCCAGCAGAGCCGCGGCUUUGGAAAUUUCAGAUUUCCUUCUGGAUCCAAGUCUGGUGGAGGACGAGGCUCGGGACAGGCAGACAAUGACCCAGGAAACCUCUACAGAGAUGAAGGGGAGGAUGACCUCUAUCAGUGACCUGCUGCCAGUCCAUAGCUGCAUCCAGACACCCUGAGCACCAUUAAAGACUGCUGGUUUGAAUAAUGAGUGUGGAUUGGAUUUACAACAUAAAAUCAGGAGGUCUGCUUAUUUCCACUUCUCCUGUAGUUCCCCCUUCCCCAGAAAAUAAAGUAGCAUUUAAUGACUUUUGCAGUGAUUGGAGUAGGGUGACCCCACACGCUGUAAUAAAUUCCCUGCAGUUCUAAUGGCAUCCUGAUGCUUUUAUGUAGACAGUGAGACACAGGAGCCUGUCUCAUGUUUUAAAGGCAGGCUUCACAAUGUAAAUGAAAACAAAAGUCCAGAGUUCUAAGGCAAACAAACCAAAAAAAAGAGUACAGUCAGGCUGCUUAAUAGCAUAAAUAAGUACAAUGCAAACAAGAUAGCCAAUGCCAAAAUCAAGGUCAUUGCUGGAAUAGGGUCACAUUCCAGUUCAGAUUAUUCUCCAAACAAAGUCUCUGUACAUAGCUGCCGAUAAGUGCCUUUAAAAUUCUUAUUUCUGUUUUAUUUCUCUCUAGCCCAUCACAAUAAACACCAACACCUUAGCCUAUGUUUAUUGAAGUUUCUGCACCCACUGGUUUUCUGUUGCCAUAUUAGACUGAAAUAUUCUAAAAAACAAUGUUGUUUCUAUCAUAGUUGUGUUUGUUAUUUAAACAAAGUGUUUAUAUCUUUUAUGAAAAUUUACCUUUUUUACCUUGUUUCUAGCAUUUCUAUAUAUUGUAGUUUUCUACAAUUUAAUCAAGUUUUCACUAUUAAGCAUUACCAUAGAAAUUCCAUCUCAUACUUAGGUAAAGUUUUAUAAGGCAGCAGUGUGGGGUAGCAGUUAGGGCUCUGGACUAGAAGGCCAUUGAUUAAAAAACACUGGGUGAGGCACUGGUGUUGUUCCCUUAUAUAAAGUUUUUAGCAGAUUACCAGGUUAAAAAUCAGAUUUUACUGUCAACUGACUUACCUGGAAAAACAAAUGAAUAAGGCAUUUUCACUAUAGUCAGCUAUACUGAUCCAUGGUAGUGAAGCUCAGUAAAGGCAUAACAAAAUUGAAUGUAUAAGAGCAUAUAUACUCUGGUAAGUCUAUCAAGGGUGGGCAGUAUGGUGGUGCAGAAGUUAGCAUUGCGGCCUUGCAGAGCUGGGGCUUGUUUUGGGUUUAUAUAGUAUGUUCUUCCCAUGUUCAUGUAGGUUUCCUCCAAGUGCUCC